CCUUUCUCAUGAUACAUGAAUUUUGCUCCACAUGCCUUCACCUAUUUCUUCUCUUUAAUUUGAACUCACUCUGGUUUAGCCCAAACACAACUGCCUCUGCAUCAGGAAAUGAGACUGAUCAUUUGGCAUUGCUCAAAUUCAAGGAAUCAAUAUCCAAUGACCCAUAUGGUAUCUUGGUUUCUUGGAAUAGUUCUACCCACUUCUGCAAUUGGCAUGGAAUCACAUGCAGCCCCAUGUAUCAAAGAGUCACUGAGUUGAACCUACAAGGUUAUCACUUGUAUGGAUUCAUAUCUCCACAAGUUGGCAAUCUCUCUUCUUUGAGAAACCUCAAUCUCGAAGACAAUAGCUUCUACGGGAAAAUCCCACAAGAAUUGGGUCUAUUGUUAAAACUGCAGCAACUUUCUCUCACCAAUAACUCGUUGACAGGGGAAAUUCCUACAAACUUGACAAGUUGCACUAAUCUCAGAGGCUUACAAUUGCGAGGAAACAAUCUAAUUGGCAAAAUACCAAUUGAAAUGGGCUCCCUCCAGAAACUUCAGCAAUUGUCCAUUGGGAGAAACAAUUUAAGUGGAGGAAUCCCACCAUUCAUAGGGAAUCUUUCAUCCCUAACUGGUUUCUCAGCGAAUUAUAAUAACUUAGAGGGAGAUAUUCCACAAGAAUUAUGCAGUCUCAAAAACUUGACAAAGAUAGCCGUAGGUGUCAACAAACUAUCUGGUACAUUUCCCUCUUGUCUUUACAAUAUGUCAUCUCUCACUAUAAUCUCUGUUGAUGGGAAUCAAUUUAAUGGCUCUCUUCCACCCUACAUGUUUCACACCCUCCCAAAUCUCCAAGUAUUUUUAAUUGGUGGCAAUCAAAUCUCAGGUCCAAUCCCCAUUUCCGUUGCAAAUGCUUCUGUCCUUCAAUUACUUGAUAUUCAGGGAAACCAUUUCAAGGGACAAGUUCCAAGUUUGGGGAAGUUACAAGAUCUUAAAUUCCUAGGUUCGUCUCUCAACAAUCUAGGUGACAAUUCAACUAGGGAUUUAGAGUUUUUAAAAUCAUUGACAAACUGUAGUAAGUUGUAUAUGCUUGAUAUAUCCAACAAUAAUUUUGGAGGUAGUUUGCCAAAUUCCUUGGGCAAUUUAUCCUCCCAACUCAGUCAACUAUAUCUAGGGGGUAAUCAGAUAUCAGGGAAAAUUCCUAUGGAAUUAGGAAAUCUAGUUAGUUUAAUUCUCUUGAGCAUGGGACUUAACCACUUUGAAGGGGUUAUUCCAUCAGCUUUUGGAAAGUUUCAAAAGUUGCAAUAUUUAGAAUUGUAUGGAAACAACCUGUCAGGAAAUAUACCAACCUUCAUAGGCAACCUCAGUCAGUUGUUUCAUUUGCGUUUAGGACACAAUAUAUUAGAAGGAAAUAUUCAUCCAAGUAUAGGAAACUGUCAAAAUUUACAAUACCUGGACCUUUCUCAAAACAAACUUACAGGAACCAUACCCUUAGAGGUUUUUAGCCUUUCCUCUUUAACAAACUUACUAGACUUGUCACAAAACUCUUUGAGUGGCAAUCUACCCGAUGAAGUGGGUUUGCUAAAGAAUAUUGAUGCAUUGAAUGUCUCUGAGAAUAAUCUAUCUGGCAAUAUUCCUGAAACCAUUGGAGAAUGCACAAGUUUGGAGUACCUUUAUUUGCAGGGAAAUUUCUUUCAUGGAAUCAUACCCACCUCUUUGCCUUCACUAAAAGUUCUUCGACAUUUAGACUUAUCACGAAACCGCUUGUAUGGAUCCAUUCCUAAAGGUCUCCAGAAUAUUUCUUUCUUAGAAUACUUGAAUGUAUCUUUUAACCUGUUGGAGGGUGAGAUACCAACUGAAGGUGUUUUUCGAAAUCCAAGCCAGAUAGCAUUGACAAGAAAUAAUAAGCUUUGUGGAGGUGUUUCAGAGCUACAUCUACCGCCAUGCCCUGUCAAAGGUGAGAAACAUGCAAAACAUCACAAUUUCAAGUUGAUAGCAGCGACAAUUAGCGUAGUUGCUUUUCUUCUCAUAUUGUCAUCUAUUCUCACUUUCUACCGGAUGAGGAAAAAAAGCAAGAAACCAUCUUCUAAUUCACCAACAAUUGACCAGUUGGCCAAGGUUUCAUACCAAAACCUACACCGUGGAACUGAUGGGUUUUCAACAAGAAACUUGAUAGGAUCUGGAAGUUUUGGCUCUGUGUACAAAGGAACUAUUGAGCCAGAAGACAGAGUUGUUGCCAUAAAGGUCCUAAACCUACAAAAGAAGGGAGUUCAUAAGAGUUUUAUUGCUGAAUGUAAUGCACUAAAAAAUAUUAGGCAUCGAAAUCUGAUUAGGAUAUUAACAUGUUGUUCUAGCACAGAUUUCAAAGGUCAAGAAUUUAAAGCUCUAGUUUUUGAGUAUAUGUCAAAUAGAAGCUUAGAAAGUUGGUUGCAUCCAGAAAUAGAAGUUGCAGAUCAACCUAGAUCACUGAACUUAGAGGAAAGGUUAAAUAUUAUUAUUGAUGUCGCUUCAGCAUUUCAUUAUCUUCAUUACGAAUGUGAGCAAGCUGUCAUUCAUUGUGAUUUGAAGCCUAGCAAUGUUCUUCUUGAUGAUUGCAUGGUAGCUCAUGUGAGUGAUUUUGGCCUAGCAAGAUUGCUCCCAAGUGUUGGAGUUUCUCUGAUGCAAAGUAGCACAAUUGGAAUUAAGGGGACUGUUGGUUAUGCUCCUCCAGAGUAUGGAAUGGGUCUUGGGCUGUCAAUUGAAGGUGAUAUGUAUAGCUUCGGAAUUCUGGUUUUAGAAAUGUUAACUGGAAGAAGACCCACAAAUGAAAUGUUUAAAGAUGGUCAUACUCUCCACAAUUAUGUUAAAAUUUCAAUUUCAAAUAAUCUUGUGGAGAUUGUGGACCCAACUAUUCUCCCGAAUGAAUUAGAACGAGAUACUGACAAUAAGAACCUUGAUCUUACACAUCCUAAUAUGGAGAAAUGUUUACUCUCUCUUUUUAGGAUUGCACUUGCUUGUUCAUUGGAAUCACCAAAAGAAAGAAUGAGUAUAAUUGAUGUCACCAAGGAGCUUAAUUUGAUCAAAAGUUUCUUCCUUUCUGGGGUUUAGUGGAGGCAAGCUGCAUUACAACCACAAAACACAUGAUGGAGAGGAGCCACCUUAAUAUUGCUAUCAAUUAAUACAAGCAGAUGUUUCGUAAGGUUAAUUGUUUAAGGGAAAUACUAUUCUCAUCUUACUAAGAAGGGUAAAGGAUUUCUCCGGUCAAUGGAGAUAAGUUAUCUCCGGUGAGCCCAAAAUGACAUCAUUUUGGAGCGAAAAUCAAGGAUUGAAGCAAAUGGACCUAGUGGAAUGACCAAUCCUUGUGGUUGUGUUCAAUUGAGGAAAUGAAAGAUUUGAUGAAAGUUCGAGAGCAAGGUAAACUUUUGGACCUUGGAGUUGAUCCCC